AACAUAAACAUCUUUUCCUUGACGGAUGAUGAUGAUCAUGAUCAUGACAAAAUGAUGAUGAUGGCUCCACUAUCUCCACAACCUCAUCCCUUGUAGGAUUAUGUAUAUAUAUAGCCUCAUUGAGAUCUUAUUGUAAUACACACAACUUAGAAAACUAUCACUUCUUCCUUCUAAGUCUCUUACAGAAGAAGAAUCAGAUUACAGUGUGAAAUUUAGAAGUUACUCAAAUGGAGGGUAAAGGACGAGUCGGAUCAUCAACUUCUUCCUCUUUCACCGCUGAACUCUUCGGCUCCAAAGAUCCUUCGCCGCCAUCUUCUUCCUCUGGCAUCUUCUCCUCCAUUUUCCCUCAUCCAUCCAAGGGUGUUCCAAGAGAUGGUUCAAGUUCCAAACAUGCCUCACAAGCUCAACGUAGAGAAUCUUCAACUGGAGAAGACAGAGUUGAGCCAUGUCAUCUAAGCUCUUCUCUUUACUACGGUGGUCAAGACGUAUACUCUCGAUCCACCACCAACCAAACUUACCCUGCAGCUAAAAAUGAGCGUAGAAGAAGCGGAGAAGACGAUGCUAAUGGACAGAACUCGCAAGAUGUUUCAAGAGGAAACUGGUGGCAAGGUUCUCUUUAUUAUUAAAGAACCACCACCUUAGUUUUUCCUUGUAAAUCUUUCCAGAAACCCAUGAAGCUCAAGCCAAGUACUAAUAUCUACUGAACCAAGACUUUGUAUAAAUAAGUUUAUGCAGUAAAAAAAAAAAGUUAUUUAGGAGACUUCAAAGAUGAAGUAAAAAUAUCAAAGAAAUCUCCUAAAUAGUUUUGUCUAGUACUUGUUCUAAAGAACUGUAUCAAUAUUUACUCUGCUUUUUGUCUAUCAAAUGUCCUUCAAAAUGAUGAAAUCAUUA